AUGCUUGGCCCCCGACCUGAGGAGAAAGUGGAGCUUUACGUCAAUGCCUUGUUCGCACAGCCGCGAUUUUUUCGUCUUGGGAAAGACUUCCCGGCGAUUGACGACCGACGUGCCGUUGUCGAGGAUGACGAGACCGGGAGCGCCGUCUUGGCCACCUCGCUUUGGGCUGUCGCGCAUGAGGCUGAGGGGGAUAUCAUUCUUCCCGUCGUGAGCCCGCAGUGCGCGCUUGCGCAGCUCGCUCUUAAAGGUAGCGUGGCGCUCGCGGAACUCAAGCGCGCGCUCUCCCGGGAGCAGCAAAACCGCGAGGCGAUGGAUACAUCCCGCUCGAACCUCACCCAACUGCUCCGGAAGGAUACCCUUGGCCGGGAAGAUCCCUCACCGAGGGUGGAUAACGACGAAAAUGCCCCUGCUAAGGAUCUUUCCGCUUCUUUGCUCCGUGAUUCUGAUCGUCUGCAAUCGGGACAGGAGGAGAUGGAAGCGUUAAGGCGUAAGGUGCGCCUUGAACAAGAGGCUCUCGGCUUCAACUCUAUCCACCUCCUCUCGGAUUCUCGUGGGAAGGGUAAAAGCGAUCUGCGUGAGGCUCCAAAUCGUGUGAGGCUGUCGAAUGAAACCUCCCGCGAGGAACUUCAGCGCGCCUUAAAACGGGAGAAGGUCGAGCGCAUUGUGGCUGCACAAUCUCAACUCGAAAGCACCGCUGAUUCAGAGAUGGCGGAGUCACGUCAGGUGGCGAUUCAUCGAAAACAGGAGCAACUUCCUAUAUUUCGCUGCCGACGCGAGCUUCUGCGGUAUAUUGGCGAAAAUACCGUUACCAUCGUCGUGGGGGAGACCGGGAGCGGGAAGACUACUCAGCUUGUUCGCUAUUUAUAUGAAGAAGGGUACGCACGGCAUGGGAAGCUCAUCGGAUGCACGCAGCCCCGUCGGUUGGCGACUAUCGCGGUCGCGCGUCGGGUAAGCGAGGAGAUGCGCUGCGCGCUCGGCACCACCGUCGGGUAUUCCAUCCAUCUUGACGACACUACUACUUCUCAAACAAAGGUUAAAUUCAUGACGGAUGGCGUUCUAUUGCGGGAGGUUGUAAGAGAUCCGGAUAUGGAUUCGUAUAGUGUGAUUAUGAUCGAUGAGGCCCACGAGCGCUCUGUGGAUACUGACGUGUUGAUGGGUAUUCUUAAAAACGCCAUUAGCGAUCGUGGGGACCUCAAACUGAUCAUCUCCUCAGCCACGAUGGAUGUGGAGAAGUUUUCGCGUUUUUUCGGCAACGCGCCGUUUUACGAAAUCCCUGGCCAGACCUAUGAGGUGGUGAUUCACUACAGCCCGAAGGUGGUGAGCGAUUACGUCGCUGAGGCCGUCUUUCGCGUCUGUCAGCUCCACCUGCAGGCGCCGAUGGAGGAAGGGCAGGAUAUUUUAGUUUUUAUGACCGGACGGGAUGACGUCUACGGCACGUGCGAGCUCAUCCGCCGCCGUCUGCGCGAGGUCAGCCCCGGGCAUCUCGAGACCCUGCUGCUGCUGCCGUGUUUAUCUGAGGCCUCGGGGCUCGUUGAAGCGGGGGCACUUCUGGAAAAAACCCCGCGCGGCCUGCGCAAGUGUGUCGUCGCGACGAACGUGGCGGAGACCUCCCUCACGAUUGAUGGCGUUCGCUAUGUUGUAGACUGCGGCCUGAUGAAGACAAAGGUCUUUCGCCCGAGGCUUGGAAUGAACACUCUCCAGCGCUACCCCGUCUCACGGGCCCAGGCGAAUCAACGAAAAGGCCGAGCGGGGCGGACGGCCGAGGGGGUUUGUUUUCGCCUUUUCACCGACGAGCAGUUCGCGCGGGAGAUGUUGUCGAAUAGCGUGCCGGAGGUCCAACGCAGCAGCUUGGAUAGUGUCCUACUCUUGUUGAAAGGGGUCGGCGUUGGGCGGAUUCAGGAGUUCGACUUCCUCGACCCCCCACCGGCCGCGAAUAUCCGAAGCAGCAUGUGGCGUCUGUGGAUUCUCGGGAUGCUCGACGACGAGGGUGAGAUCACAAGAGAAGGGCGCCUCGCGAUUGAGUUCCCAAUCGCCCCAGCGCUGGCGAAACUCCUCCUGGAGAGCACCAAACACGGCUGUUCCUUUGAAGUUUCUCGCAUCGUUGCGCUCAUCACGGCGGAUCCGAAAAACUUUUUUGAAUUACCAAAAGGAAAGGAGGUGGUCGCACAGCAACAUUUUGGACGCUUUUUUAACAAUGAGUCCGAUCAUCUCACGUUAUUGAAUGCCUUUACACAAUUUCUGGAAAAUGGAAAGUCGCGUCAAUGGGCGCAGGAUCACUACCUACACUUUCCCACGCUUCUGCGCACGUGGGAUGUACUGGAGCAGCUCCUUGAUCGCCUUCGUCAGCUGCGUUUGCCGAUUGUUUCCUGCCAACAAACGCAUGGUGGGGGACUUGACGUGGUGCGGUAUUGUCUUGCACAUGCUUUUUCUUUGCAAGCCGCGCAGCGCUCGGGAUCGAACUGGAAUGAGUACCGCGCUCUGCUGAAUCUCGGGGUGGUCUGUGCACUACAUCCGAGCUCCGCAAUCUGCACCUCUGCGGUGAUGCCUUCCUUCGUGAUCUAUAACGAUCUUGUAUUGGUGAAUAAAGAGUAUUUGGUAUUGGUUACGGCAGUGGAGCCGGAAUGGCUCGCAGAGGGUGGGUUGUUUGGGAUGAAAAAAAGUGGGAAGACGUCAACGGGGCCGCUCGAACCGGCAUUUCCUAUCCUAGACAAUAUGCAUAAUACGCGGGCUAUGGAUGGAAGCACUGAUAAAAAGCGAGGUGGCAGAGAGAACUUUCAUGAGCAUAAGACUCCUACGUUGUCAGAUGUGGCUGCGAAACUGAAAUUGCCCUUCACUACAACUCCACAUGUUGGAAGUAAAAACGCGCCCAAUUCGUCUAAGUUUGCAGCAUCUUUCUCUUCAAAAAGACGAGGAAAUAUUUAA